UUUGCACAUGAGUCUUAAUUCAUGUCUGCAGGUGAUCUUUGCAAACAACAAUUUCUCCCAUUUUUUUGCAACGUAAUAACAUUUUAUAACCUUUCAAAAAGGUUACACGUCUUUCUGGAACGACUGUAUUUCUUCCGGUCUCCGCGGAUGUAUGCUGGUGGAGCUGGCCCUCAGAGGGAGGCUACAGCUGGAGGUGUGCGGCGUGAGGAGGAAAAGCCUGCUCUCUAGAAAGGUGAUCUGCAAGUCAGAUGCCCCGACGGGGGAUGUGCUACUGGAUGAGGCGCUGAAGCACAUAAAAGAAACCCAACCGCCGGAGACCGUCCAGAGCUGGAUAGAGCUGCUCAGCGGAGAGACCUGGAAUCCCCUGAAGCUGCACUACCAGCUGAGAAACGUCAGAGAACGUCUGGCAAAAAACCUGGUGGAGAAAGGCGUCCUCACCACGGAGAAACAGAACUUCCUGCUUUUUGACAUGACCACACAUCCGCUCACCAACAGUACCAUCAAACAGCGCCUCGUCAAGAAGGUCCAGGAGUCCGUUUUGGAGAAGUGGGUCAACGAUCCCCACCGCAUGGACAAGCGAGUUCUGGCCCUGAUCCUCCUGGCCCACUCAUCCGACGUUCUUGAGAAUGCCUUCGCCCCACUCCAAGACGACCAGUACGACCUGGGCAUGAAAAGAGUCCACACUCUGCUAGAGCUGGAGCCGGAGAAAGAGAGCACAAAGCCCAACGCCAAUGAACUCAUGUGGGCUGUGGUGGCCGCAUUUACUAAAUGAAAACAUCUGAUCAGUUGGACUGGAAGAUCUGGCUAUGGUCUGCGUUAUUUAAUUGGUUGAAGGACUUCACUUAAUGAGACGGACUUCACUUUAAUGAGACAAUCUAUUUUGGUUGGGGAGCCUGUUUGUACAUCUGUUCCGGAUGACAUUUUGGUGGUAGUCCAUAUUAACCCAGUGCAAUCUGAUUGGUGGUGGGCUUCACCAAGUAACAUUUGGUGUGUCGGAACGGUCUCUAAAAGAAAAAUGACUUUCUUUCACACAGUGAGGUAAAUUAUCUGCAACUGCUAGGCUGGAUAUACUUGUAAACAUCGACACUACGAACAGAUGGGCUUCUGUUAAUGUUAGAUGACAUCAAAGAACAAAGCAGGUGGCAGCAGUAGUCGUGGUGAAUAUGAAGAUUUUGACUGGGGCCAAGUUUCCCUUCUACACUAAGGAAAAAAACAUCUCCAUUACUACAAGAUCUCACCAGAAUCAUUUCCUGGUCUCGUCUCCAUACUCUUCCCCCCCAUGCAAGGAUAAAGGAUAGCAAAUCACACUGCUAUCUAUGCUCUUUGCACUCACACAGGUCUGUGUUGGGAGUACAUGCUUAGGGUUACUGUUAGAAUAGACUACCUGAAUGUUUUGCCUAUUCACUCUCUGUAUUCGCAUUAAAUUCUCUCUUCUCCUUUCUUCCUCAUUGCAUUUUUGAGGAAGAAAGCGAGAACACGAAUAAAAACGCUUGGGUUCAGUCGCUGCAUCAUUAAGAACGAGCAGGGUUAACGUGGCCCGUAUAGUCUCUGUCAUAAAUGAAGAAUUAAACCUUGAGUCUAGCAAAACUCUUUAUUUUAUUAGUUUGCUGUUUUUGCAAUGGGUCCAUUCUGUGUUUUAUAGAAUGAGACUAGUCUUCCAUUUCUAUUUAUGUUGCUAAUCGAUGCUUGAAGUAGCCUGCCAUUUAUCAAGUAUUUUGCACAGUCAAUAGCCCUGUAGGUAGGAUCGUAUUUAUAGAGAUGUUUCUUAAGUUGAGUAACACACUUGAAGAUGAAACUGAAAAUUAUGAACCUUAGCAACAAUGGUUUAAAACGAAAAAAAGAUCUCACUUAUUUUGUCUACAGUUAUUGAUCUUUAUGAAUACUUAAAAAGCAUUCCUCUGGACAUAUAAAAAGAAGCUUCUGCUCAUAUUUUUAAUUGUGAGUUGAGAUGUAAAGAUGCAGGAAAAGCAAACAAAUCCUCUCUGAUUUGGAUCGCUGUGAACAGCCUACACAAGAUUUACAAAGUGGUCAUCAGAGCUUGUAUGAACGGGUUGGGAAAUGUUAGCCAAACGGGCUAGUUUUAGUUCAAAAAGCAUUAGAGGGUCGAUUUGCCCAAAAUAAAUUUGUCACAUAACACUAGUGGUAUCCAGCCAUGCAGGUAGUUUUGGUUUUAUUUAACUUUAUGAAAUAUGUCUCUGAGAUAUCUGCCUCUAUCCUCAAACAGUGGGGGUAAAUUGAGUUUCCCAAGAGGAUGCUUGUCAGCGGUAAAACAAAACUCAAAAUAAACAUGUCUUUGUGGAGUUUCCAGUGACAAACCCAGAAACCUAGCUGUAAACUUUUUCCUUUGCAAAUACUUUGCACAGAAAAGAUUACAUUUGAAAACUAUUAGCUAGUUUCACCGUAAACCAACAGAGGUAACUUAGUAUUUUGUCAUUUGGGUGAACCGACCCUUUAAGUUUCCCUAUUGCAAUAUGAUGUAUCUUUCAGUUUAUAUGUCAUGUCAUAAUUAGAUGUUAUUUCUAUAUGAUAGGCCCAUAAUGUGGGCACGUAUUGUUUCAUACACACAGAUGAUGGGAGGGUUACUUGGGCCACACAUGAAUCAGUGUUCAACAACAUGCAGUCCAUUGGAACAAAAACAUCUGCAAACAUGCUUUACUGCAGGUCUGGGAAAACUUCUGUUUCAGUAUAAAACCAUGUUUCUGGUCUGAUGAGUGUGAUCUGUGUAUGACUUUACAUCCCUUAUUGUUUCAUGACAUACUUUCAUUUCUGUCUUUUUUUUUUCUCCUACCUACAAAAUACAAAUAGGUAUGAAGAAGAGUUGAGAUCCGUUUACAGCAAAGAGACCAUGCAUGCUAUUGGUGGAGGGCCGGGGUACUUGUUGAUGUAGCUACAGAGAAAAGGCUUGUAUGUAAUUAUUAGUCAUUUUAUGUGUACGAUCUAAUGGAAUUCAAUGAAAGGGAUCUUCUCUGCUAUCCUGUAUAAUUCUGUAUGCUUUUGUAUUACCACACAAAAUAAAGUAAGGAUCCUUUAAGUGCCUGAAUUUA